GUUGUUAUUUUUGUUGUAAAUAAUGUGAAAUAAUCCCGUAGUCUUUUAUUAUAUGUCAACGUGUGGUUGCGGUUCUAAAAGUUGUUAAAAAUGAAGAAAACUCUGUUUAUACUUGUGCUGUGUACAUUCUCAAUAAUUGGAGUUUAUUCCUCCAUUCAGCAAGACAGAAUUUUGGAGGCAGUACGAAACGGCGUGGUAAAGCUUUUAACUGCCGAUCGUGCACCGAACUAUCUUACAAAAGCGGUGAAAAAUAUUUCGAAAAUUAAGGAUACCUUGGAGUCCGAUGAAACUAUUUGUCAGUCAUGCCAAGUAGUCGUGCAUCAAGUACUUACUUAUAGAAGAAAUGGAGCAAAUAAAGAUUCGAUGAAAACUUAUUUCAAUAAAUUGUGCAAAAUCUUUACAGGGUGGGGAAAUACGGCUUGCCAUGGAUACAUAGACAUCGAGAUAGACCCAGUUUUAUACAUGAUGGACAAUAAGAAUGACUUAACUCCAGAGAGAGUGUGUGCAAUUUAUUUCCAAGCACAAAAAUGCGUCGAUCCUGAUGCAAAGAAAUGGAUCAUCCCCCUUCCGCCUCCUCCAAAGAAAAAUGAGGAAAUUGAGGAAGAUGAUGAUGAUGACCAAAUAGGCCCACUUAGAAUUCUCCACUUGACGGACAUCCACUACGAUCCUCUCUAUAAACCUGGAAGUAACGCUGUGUGCAAAGACCCUCUUUGUUGUCAAAGUGGGGUUCCUUCAAAACCUGGAAACGCGGCUGGAUAUUGGGGAGACUACAAUGUCUGCGAUAUGCCUCGCCAUUCGGUUUUAAAUUUGCUGAACCAUAUCAAAGAAAAAUAUAUAAAGGACAUUGAUUUUAUCUACUACACAGGAGAUAUCAUAAGUCACAAAUCGUGGGCUUCAUCCAAGUCAGAAAAUACAAAAACCAUUAAAGAAAUAUACGGAUUAUUUGCUAGUAUUUUCCCAAAUACAACCAUAUAUCCAAUAUUAGGAAACCAUGAACCUCACCCCACUGAUUUUUAUUCGCCUGAAGAUGUCUUGCAAAAUCAAAUAUCUACUCAAUGGAUUUUCAAUUUAUCUGUUACUGAAUGGUCCAGAUGGCUUCCAGAGAGUACUCAAGAUACUAUUCUAAAAGGAGGAUAUUAUUCGGUUCUGAUAAAACCAGGAUUUAGGAUUAUUGCGAUAAACAGUAACUUCUGCUUUACUAGCAAUUUGUGGUUGAUGUACGAGGAUGAAGACCCUCGAGAUCAGCUGGCCUGGUUAGUUGAGGAACUAUAUAAAGCAGAGAAAAACAAAGAAAGGGUUCACAUCCUGUCCCACAUUCCACCUGGAGAAAUUUUAUGCCAUAAGCAAUGGAGCAAUCAAUUCCACAAGAUAAUAAAUAGGUUUGCUCACAUAAUAUCAGCGCAAUUCAACGGUCACACACAUAUAGACGAGCUGAAGGUGUUUCUCGACGAAGAUGAUGAAAGCGAUACCGAUAAAGUCAUAAACGUUGCCUUCAAUGGUGCAAGUUUUACAACAUUUGUAGGAUUUAACCCUAACUUCAAAAUCUAUGAAGUGGAUCCUUCAAGUGCCAUGGUCUUAGAUUAUGAUCAAUACAUUUUCAACUUGACAAAGGCGAACCAAAAUACAACACCUCCGCAAUGGUAUAAACAGUACUCCUUCAAAAAUGCCUACAAUUUACAUGACAUGAGUUUGCCGAGUUUUGAAGAUUUACUAGAGAAAAUGUCCAAAGACGAUGAUCUCAUGUGGCAAUAUUACCGAUUCCUGGUCAGGGACAGUGAUGUGAAAAUAAAGGAAGGUUGCAAUAGCAAGUGUUUAAAGAAGUUGUUGUGUUAUAUUACCGCUGUCGAAACCAACGAGUCUGUGAACUGUUAGCAUGUAGCAAUUCAACAUAUUUUAUAUAAUCUGUAUAAUUAGCAGUAUAGAUUAUGAAUUUGAAUAAAUUGUAUUAUUGUUUUUUA